UCCACUUAAUUUUCUUGCCCAUGGACUUAGGCCUAGUUCACUGUGGAGACAGACCCCUGGGAAAAAGGAAUGUAAGAAUUCCUGGUCCAGCAUGCAUUGGUCUAAUCUGUGAGCGUGUCUCUGGUGUCCUAGCUUUCUGUCCUAUUAUUCUGGCUCCUAGUUUCAGCCUGGACUUAAGCUGUGUCCAUGAUAGCACUGGCCGCUGAAAGCAAUUUCCUUCCCCUCAUAAUUUUUCAUUGCCCUGCCCUAGCCCAGCUGGAGUUUCCUCUGGACUUGAUUUUCAGUCCUGAUAACUCUUCUGUAUACACACAUAAGCUGCGAGAUUGCAAAGUGUUUUCCCUGCCACCACUUGUGUGUCUGAGGUGGGCAACACUAAUAUGUCCCUUCCCUGAGUCAGAUGUCCAUCCCUGGGUCACUACAGGCACACUAUCGGUGUGUUCUUGUCUAACAUUACCACCACCGAUUCCAAGGAGAUACGUCCCAGCGGGAGAGCCCAUUUCCAACACCUCUCUGGCUCAGCUCUGACCUUGGACAAGUCAUGUGCACCCUUUCUAGGCUUGCAGUCUCACCUCUAAAAUGAAGUUAUAAUUGCAUGCAAGAACCCUUCUAGAUUUAAAUGACCAGGGCUCCUCUGCUCCCAAGUGCGAUGUAGAGUCCCCUAUUUCUCCGCAUGCCCUAGUGUCUGUCCCUCAUUAUUGUUUGCUAUUCAGAUCCAUCCUAUUAGGCCUCUGUUCUAACCCCAAGGAGUGUUUGUGCGGUUGACCUGGCCUUAUAAAGACACAGAAUAGUUUAUCUGCAUAGAAACUACAGCUUCCAUCAGGCACUACUUGAACGGAACCGGAAAGGAUGUGGCGGCGUGGCCCCAACGCCCUGGUAGUUUUGAAGACAAACUACAACCCCCCAGAUAGCCGCGAAAUCUCUGCAGAGCGAAAGGAUGGACUGAACUCUGACUGGAGGCCGGGCUGCUCCGGAACCACCCCGACAGCCUCCAGAAAGGGGCGUGGUUAUAAUUUAGGGGCGUGGCCUUGCAGGCAGCAGGAAGAAGUUACCUGUUGAAUCUUCCUAUCCAUUCUCUUCCCAGCCUUUGUAGCUACCCCUAAGAGGGAAGCCGUAAACCACUAGCCUCUUCUGAAAAAGAGGUAAGGGGACGUAGACAAGGGGCAGCGAAGGAGGCUACUGCAUUCCUUAGGAGGGGCCAAACAGCUACUUUCUACCUGCUGAGUCAGGUGAACCGUUCCAUGGGGGCGGGGACCAGCAUAUGAGAAAAGGGCAAGGACGGAGGAGGUGUUUAUUUGUUCCCUUUCAAGACUAAAUUUAGGGCCCUUCGUCUGCAGACCCAUUGGCGCACUGUGCCUUGGGAACCCUCUUGGCCUCUGGAAGAGAAAAGAACGGGGGCCAGUUUUCCGCAGCAAAAGGAACGGCCCCUCUGGGCUUCCUCCCGUCUGUGUAUUUCCUAGCCCCAAAACGACAGAGCCAUAUGGCUUCCGCGGUCUGGGGGAGUGCUCCCUGGUGGGGCCCACCGCCCCCAGCCCCAGCCCGGCCGCUCACGGACAUCGACUUCUGCUCUGGGGCGCAGCUGCAAGAACUAACCCAGCUGAUCCAGGAGCUGGGUGUGCAGGAGAGCUGGAGUGAAGGUCCCAAGCCAGGACCAGAUCUCCUCCAGGCCAAGGACUUUGUUUUCUCUUUGCUUGGUCUCGUUCACCGCCGGGACCCUCGCUUUCCUCCACAGGCAGAGCUCUUGCUGCUUCGUGGCGGGAUUCGCGAGGGCUCCCUGGAUCUGGGGCCUGCGCCUCUAGGUCCCUACGCUCGGGGACCUCACUACGACGCCAGCUUCACCCUCCUGGUGCCCGUGCUUUCGCUAGAUGGCACUGGGCAGGAGCUGCAACCGGACGUGGGAUCCUGUUACGCAUGGCUCUUCCUCCCAGAGCAAGUACGCGGAACCUCGGUCCGGGAGGCAUGGCAGGAUUGCCUAGGACCCCCAGUCCCAGGAGGACGUGAUUCGAUCCACCCAGCCCAAAGCAAACAAACUCCCAAGGAUCCGCAAAUCUCCGUGGACCAGCUGCACGGUGACGUCACUGAGCCUGAGGCACACGAGUCUUUGGAAAAAUCACCUAGUAAUGUUUCAGUGCCAGAAUUGCCUCAACAAGACGUAACCGAUGUUGACUUCCCCUCACCACUGAAAAAAACGAAUGGUGACGUCACCAAAGCAGCCGACGUUAGCCCAGUGCCACAGCCGUCGGAGGCUCGGGAGGCAUGGCCCACAUUGUGCCCCGCCCAGGUGGCUGCCUGGUUCUUUGCUUCGCUGGCUGCGGUCGCUGAGUCCCUGUUUCCGGUCCCGGGUGCCCCGCGCUUGGUCCACGCAGCCCGCCACGCGGGGGUCACCACCAUCCUCCUGGCUACGCCCGGGUCCCCGCGCCGCCUCCUGCUAUUCGACCUGAUCCCCGUGGUGUCCGUGGCCGGCUGGCCCCAGGAGGCUCGGAGCCACUCGUGGGCCGGCCCGCUGGCCUCGGAGUCGUCUUCCUUCUACCUGGUGCCCGGCGGCGGCGGCACAGAGCGGCCGGGCGCCUCCGGAUGGCAGCUCUGCUUCGCCCGCCAAGAGCUGGCGCUCAAGAUGCGCAUACCCGUUCCCCUGCUGCAAGCGCACGCGGCGGCCCAGGCGCUGCUGCGCCCGCUGGUGGCCGGGACUAGGGUCGCGGCGCCCUAUCUCCUGCGGACGUUGCUCUACUGGGCGUGCGAGCGGCUGCCCGCGCUCUAUCUGGCGCGACCCGAGAAUGCGGGCGCCUGCUGCCUCGGGCUGCUGGAUGAGCUGGGCCGGGUGCUCGAGGCUGGGACGCUGCCCCACUAUUUUCUGAGUGGCCAAAAGCUCGGUGCGGGGGACGGCGCCGCUUCGUUGCUCGGGGCGUUGGCCCUGCUUCGCAGGGACCCUGCCCGCGCCCUGCGCGCCGCUGUAGAAGAGGCCAAGGCUGCACGCAAGGGGGGCGGCUUAGCCGGCGUGGGAGGCGGCGCCCAUUAAAGACGCUGUUCCUACUAACCUGGAAUGUGCUUCUGUUGGCCAGCGGGAUGUGGAGGGGACUGCUCUCCCCUCACCUGGGAGACAGGCUGAGCGCCUUGGGCCCGAAGAACCCGUUCUAGAAGGCCUCCUCGCCGGUUCCUCCGCUUCCUCCCACCCUCCUCCCGCCGCAUCCCUGGCACAGGUCGUUCCAUUCUGGCCUCUCCACUUUCCAAAUCUGUGGCCAGCACCCCUCCUGCUCCCGUGCAGCCUCUGGCAUCCAUCUCCCGCCAGUUCUUAUGGUCUUUUCUCUUAGGAGUCAAUAGGGAUGGGGGUAACAUAUUUGCUGAAAAAACGUGUAAAGGAGAAAGGUAUGGAGACCAGGGACUGACCAAUUUGUCUCACACAAAAGCAGAGAUAUUAAGGAGGCCGGAUUUCACCCCAGGCUAGACCUCACCACCACCGCUAUCUCUUCAGUUAUUCCCCCCACCUUCCUCAUCCAGUUCUGUCCUCCAUCCCGGGCAGUAGGGUCCCUUUCUCCAUUCUCGGGGCAUCUGCCAUUCCAUCUAUCUAAGCCCAACCUCUCCCCCAAUCCAGAGUUCCAUUCAGUGGAGUCGCCUCCUUGUCCCUCCUCCUCUGAACCCCGAGACAUGCGAGACAUGCGGCCUUGUCUCGGCUCCACCUGUCUCUAAGACCGUCCCCACUCCCUGCCUCCAAGGAACCCCAGGGUUCCUCCCGCCCAGCUUCACCCCCCCCAC